CCAAAACAGCGUCGUUACUCACUCUCGUGUGUGUGUGUGCGCGUGCAAUUCAUAUAUUGUAUUCGUAUAUCAUACUCUGAAAAAGUUGAGAAAAAUAUCCAAAUCUGUAAGAAGAAAAAUAGAUAGCAAAACGGUGAGCACAGCACAGUGCUAAUAAUAAUAUAUAUAAUUACCUAAAAUUACGAUUAGGGUUUCAAAUUCGAAUUCUAAACCUACAAUGUCCGAUUACGCCUCUAUUGACAACGAAGAAAGACGCGAACCCGAAUCCGAACCCGGUCGCUCAUCUCCUUUCGAUGCUCGCCAUUCGCAUCACAAGCAAAAUUCGCGUGGAUCAGAUCGUGAGAGGUUGAGGGUUAGAGAGCGAAAUCGGGAUAGGGAAACAGAUGGAGACCAUCAUCACAGGAACUAUAGGGAUAGAAGUAUGAGGGAUGAUAAAGGAAGGGGCAAGUAUGAUGAUUAUGACCGUCAUCAAAGCAGCCAUUAUGACAGGCACCGUUCUUAUGGCGGAGACAGAGAGAGGAGGCAUAGACAUAGAUCACGAUCCUCUUCUAGGGAUGGAUCUAAGAAUGAAUCCAGAUCAGACUCUCGUUCUCGUUCUCGAUCAAAAAGCAAACGAACAAGUGGUUUUGACAUGGCACCAUCUAAUGCCGAUGUGCUGCAUGGUGCUGCUGUUCCAGUGCAACCACCAGUUGUUUCUCAAUCAAUGCCAGGAAUCGUACAGAACAUGUUACCUUUUGGGACAUCACAGCUGGGAGCUAUUCCCCUAAUGCCAAUCCAAGCCAUGACCCAGCAGGCUACAAGGCAUGCACGACGGGUAUAUGUUGGUGGGCUUCCUCCAAUUGCAAAUGAGCAGACAAUUGCAACUUUCUUUAGCUCUGUCAUGGCAGCAAUUGGUGGAAAUUCUUCUGGUCAAGGUGAUGCAGUAGUCAAUGUCUACAUUAAUCAUGAGAAGAAGUUUGCGUUUGUGGAGAUGAGAACUGUUGAAGAAGCAAGUAAUGCGAUGGCAUUAGAUGGGAUUAUAUUUGAGGGGGUUGCUGUGAGGGUGCGAAGGCCUACAGACUACAAUCCUGCAUUAGCUGCAGCACUUGGUCCUAGCCAACCAAGUCCUCAUCUCAACUUAUCUGCUGUUGGGCUUACACCAGGUUUAAUUGGUGGAGCAGAGGGUCCUGAUCGUAUCUUUGUUGGUGGACUACCAUACUACUUUACUGAAGCACAGAUAAGAGAAUUGCUACAGGCCUUUGGAUCUGCUUCCAUUUGUGAUCAACUAUUUUUUCAUGUCCUAAGUAUACACUUGACCUAUCACAGACCUCUCCGUGGGUUCGAUCUUGUUAAGGAUAAAGACACAGGAGUCUCUAAAGGAUAUGGUUUCUGCGUCUAUCAGGAUCCAGCUGUGACAGACAUUGCUUGUGCUGCUCUUACUGGCUUGAAAAUGGGUGAUAAAAUCCUAACGGUCAGGCGUGCUACUGCCAGCUUGGGGCAGUCCAAAACAGAACAGGAAAUGAUCUUAGCACAGGCACAACAGCAUAUAACUAUGCACAAAAUGGCUUUGAUAGCUGGUGGUUUGAAUCUUCCUGGGGUAGCACCAGUAGCAAAUGCAGAACCUGCAACUAAAGUUUUAUGCUUGACUGAGGCAAUUACUGUGGAGCAACUGAGGAAUGAUCAAGAGUAUGAAGAAAUCUCCGAAGACAUGCGGGAUGAAUGCGGCAAAUUUGGAACUUUGGUGGGCAUCAUUAUUCCUCGUCCAGAUCAAAAUGGAGACUGGAUCCCAGGUGUUGGAAAGGUGUUCUUGGAGUAUUCUGAUAUCUCUGGUUGUGCUAAUGCAAGGAAUGCACUGAAUGGGAGGAAAUUUGGAGGCAAUGUAGUGAGUGCCGUUUAUUAUCCAGAGGACAAAUAUUAUAUCAAAGAUUAUGGGGCUUAAGUAUCACAAUGUCAACUAGUUUGCUUUUACUGAGAUAAUUUAUAGACAAUGGUUAAAGUGUAGGGACAGCUUGUCAUAACCUUUGAUUUUGUUUAUUUUUCGUAUUUGGGUCAGGCCUUUCCUGUAGAACCAAGGCUUUGCCCACUUUUCCGGGUAAAUUGUAGCUACACAUCAUGUAUGUAAGACGUCAUAGAGAUUAGCUGCACAUGCUGUAUCUAUACGAGGGCAUACCUUACUGUGUUCUUAUACACCAAAAUGAACAGUAUCAUUGGAGUUGCUUA